UGCUGCGGCCUCGACGCCUCAGGAGACUGGAGCUUGCAUAAUCGAAGUUUUCAUGCUGUUUUCUUGGUUGACACGAAGAGCAAACUGAGAGUGGCUUGUGGAAUCAAAGUGAUUGAACCGGUAGACUGAGAAGUAAAUCAAAGGGCUUCACCACGACGAGGAAGGUUGAAUAUCAACGGCGGAGGAAUCGUUAUAUUUCCGACCUAAGAAAUUCCUUAACGUUGAGAUGAGACGAAGAUUCUCCUUUUUGAACCUUCUUGCGUGUUAUAUACUUUCAAUAUUCGGAAUAACACUUCAGAAACACGUUCAAGAACUGGGUCCGGAACCUGAAUUCACAGAACCAAUUCCGAAUGCUACAGUAACCGUAGGACGUAAUGCAGCCAUUCCAUGCGUUGUAGAGAACUUGGGGUCUUACAGGGUUGCAUGGUUGAGGGUUGAGAGCAAAACCAUCCUAACUAUUCAUCAAAAUGUCAUCACGAGGAACUAUAGGGUUGACCUUAAUCACAAUGACAAAAAAAGAUGGAUCCUUCAAAUAAAAAACGCCCAGGAAUCAGACCGAGGUUUUUACAUGUGCCAGAUAAACACUGUUCCCAUGAAGAGUCAGAUAGGAUACUUGGAUGUGGUUGUUCCACCAGUGAUUAUUGAUGGUGAGAGUAGUUCUGAUGAGCUGGUGAGAGAAGGGUUUAACAUUACUUUGGCAUGCAGAGCUAAAGGCUACCCCACCCCGACAGUUACGUGGAGAAGAGAGGACGGGCAACCAAUUUCUGCCGGUAAUUGGCAGAACAGGAAUAAUCAGGGAAAGACAUAUGAAGGAAUGGAACUGAGCAUUACUAAAGUAAGCCGACUGCACAUGGGAGCUUUCUUGUGUGUUGCUUCCAAUGGUGUGCAACCGUCAAUAAGCAAGCGCAUUCUUCUCCAUGUUCAUUUUCCUCCGAUGAUAUGGGUUCCCAACCAGUUAGUUGGAUCACCGCUAGGGGGAAGUGUUAAGAUGGAGUGUCAUACCGAGGCGUUUCCAGCUUCCAUCAACUACUGGACUAAGCAAAAGGGCGAGAUGAUAGUGGAUAGUGAGAAGUACACAGUUACGAAAGAGGAAGAAACCUACAAAAUUCAUAUGAUUUUGAUCAUAAAUAACGUAGAACCAGAAGAUUUUGGAAGUUUUCGAUGCUUUGCAAAGAACUCCUUAGGCUCGACAGAGGGCUCAAUCCGGCUGUAUGAAAUUCAUAUGCCACCCUCUCAGCAUGCGUCAACUUCUAGAAUACAGAGUAUUGGAGGUAAUGAAAUAGGUCUAAGGAUAAACUCUGACAUCAACACCCAAGAAGCAGCAAAGCGAAUGCAAGGAGGGAAGUUUAAUUCGCCGAAUGAAUCUGAAACGAAAGACCAAUGGACUGUUGUUACCUCUCCUCAACAGAUAUUUCCUGAUAAGCAAAGCAGUUCUUCAAGACUCAAGAUAGACUUGACCCGUCACCUUUUUCUUGGGUACCUGACCGUCGUAAUUUUCUUGACAUCAGAGAGUUUAGUAUUUCUUCUGAUCAACAGAUGACGGGUGGAUUUUCCAUGUAAUCAUGUCUUUUGGACAUGAACAAAGCCCCUGUGAUCUCAAAGCUGUGCUUUGUGGUAGGGAAGACACGUGGAUCCGAGCCAAAUAUAAUAUUUGUAGUUGUUUCUUGUUGUGGAUAUGUGUGGUUGCAAAAUCUCUGCAUAUGUAAUUUCUGCGUAAAAAAGUCAACAACGUUAACUUCUCAAGGAACAAUUUUAUCAGCAACAAUGUCAAACUGUUUGAAGAGAUCAAAAAUAUGUUUAACAUUAAUUCUUCAGCGAUGAUGUGGUGUUUAUCACAAUAUCAUAACGUUCAAUUAAUAUCAUAUCAUAGUGGUUAAAUAUAAAUUGAAAUUCGUCGCGCGGCGCAGAAUGCUGUUUUUGAGUCAGAUGUUGAACGAACUGUAGUCUUAAAUAAAGAGCUAGUUUUUGUUACAAAUUUUAGCAGUAUUGUACCAAAAUACAGCUACAUUUGUUACACAUUUUAGCAGUAUUGUACCAAAAUACAGCUAUAUUUGUCACAAAGUUUAGCAGUAUUGUACCAAAAUAUAGCUACAUUUGUUAAAAUUUUAGCAGUAUUGUACCAAAAUAUAGCUAUGUUUGUUACAAAGUUUAGCAGUAUUGUACCAAAAUACAGCUAUAUUUGUUACACAUUUUAGCAGUAUUGUACCAAACUACAGCUACAUUUGUUACAAAGUUUAGCAGUAUUGUACCAAAAUACAGCUACAUUUGUUACACAUUUUAGCAGUAUUGUACCAAAAUACAGCUACAUUUGUUACAAAUUUUAGCAGUAUUGUACCAAAAUGCAGCUACACUUUUGGAGGCUGUUUUGUUUGCGUUGGUGAUGUUAGAAUAAAAAAAUUCCAAUCCUUAUUAUUAGACUAGAAGUGUAGGAUAGGCAUCAAGAUAGAUAUUUUAUUCAAAUUUACAUCUCAAGGUUCAUUGAUGAGAUGUAAUCCUAAUGAUCUUCAAAGUUAGGACUGAAAAUUGUAUAUUGUACGUAUUAGUAAAUGAUGUGUAAGUCUUCAGUUCUUUAAUGCUAAGAGAAAUGUACAUUUUUGUGACAGAUGAAUAAAAUAGAUUAU